AUGAGAACGACUAUCGCAGCGCUGCUACUGCUAUUCACGCUGGCAGAAUGUCAAAUACUCGGCGGGAGGAGUUCACUUACACAGAAGGACCUGGACAGUGAUACCUUCAAGGAAGCACUGGCGGCCGGUCUGGAGAAACUCGAAGCUAAAUCCAGGGGAUUUGUCAGCUAUAGUCUACAGAAAGUGUUGAAUGGUACAAGUCAAGUUGGCCAAGGUGUCCUCUACAAGUGGACAAUGACGGUUAGGCGGACUAAACUACCGGAGUGUGAGAUGUGGUGUGACGGGCCCUGUGAGAGAAUAGUAAUGUACUCGGCUUCGGCCUGGAUACAACCAUGGCUAUCUGGCCCGGAGAGAAUAGUGGUCAUGUUGAAGGCGGUGUAA